CGGAUGCGGUUGUGAAAUUGCUUCAUCUGCUUAAGCCUUAGGGUCACAAGCACGUGGUCAGGAACGUCACGGGAAAUGUUGUGUCGACGGUCGACCGCAUCAUACUACAACCACACCCGCGCUGCUCCUACGCUUUGAAUAUCAUCGGCGCAAGCUACAGGCCACUGCGCACGAAUUUCUCUCAUCUGGUCGGCUUCUGUUUGUGUUCUCUUCUGUAGCGCUGCUUACAGGCUGUGCUAUCCUGAAAAUUUCUGAUUAGCCUGCACCUUGUGACUCAUUUUGCGCUCUGUUCACGGCAGGACUCUGUUUCCUAAAAGCUGCAGUAGGAAGGAUGAGUGUUGAAGAUAUGAAAACCUUAUGCCCUGAUCCCUAUUUGGCGUCUUCUGCGCAAUACCUAAGGGCGUGGCGCAAGUUUGUUGAGAGGAUACCGCGUUAUUUGGACGUGACGGUCGCAAUAGACGCACCGCCUCUCGUGUCUUUUCAACUUGAUACGUUGAAAGAAGAGUAUAUCUGUCAAGUCCCGGGCACCGCAUUGGACGAAUACACUAGCGAAAUCACAUUUGCUGAAAUUUUCGCCGAAUUCCUCUUCCCUUGGCAUGAACAGCCUGCACUUGACAAACAGCAAAGAGCCAGGCGCCUCAACGAGAUAUACACCCAGCGACCCACGUACGACGAGACCGAAUUCACUAUUGGAGACUUGAAGGCCAUUUUCAGGCGCAUCAUGCCUCAAGUACAGGCUGAUCGUUUCGAGGUGGUCCACGCUUUGCACAAUCUUUGGAUCCCCGACAGCUUCACGGUACUCUCUGUCUGGACGGACGUCAUUCACUCGGCAGGUCUCCUUGGCUUCGAGGUCAGCCUCGACAUCAGGCCCUUGCGGAUGGGCAUCGAUGCGGAGCACUCUGAAAUCACUAAAGUCUGCCCACAGUACCGUCGUACUACCGUUGAUGAAUCAGGUGGCUCAGACGACUGUCAGGAGCCUACAAUGUCGAAACGCCAAGUUUGCGACAAAGCAAAAUUGUGCGUGUCUCUGAAUUUCUUGUCACCACAACAUGCAGCCGCAUGGCAUAAGUAUGUUUUACGCGACUCACGCUUUGCCAAGGAUCCUAUCUCUUACAAAAGUUUUGUUGAACGUGCUACUCUGGCAGUCAUCGACUCCAGUGGUGCAACGUUCCAGUGCUCGGUGCAAUCUCCUCUGUCUCAAAUGUAUGGCGAAAUUGAGUACACGAAGCUGGUAGAGAUGUUCUUGGUGCCAGAUUUCUCGGCAAGCCGCGAGUCUCGAGCUGAUGCAAUCAACGACGUCUAUGCUGCUAGACCAGACUUUGAUGAGACGCAGUUCUUGGUUGACGAUCUUGUCACUGUAAUGAAGCGUGCUGUGCCUGCAAAACGUGUCGAAAUACUUCAUCCGAGACACCACCUACCUUUCCCAGGGCAGAUGCCUCUUUGUAUCGUGCAACAGAGUCUUAUGAAGGAAAAUCAAACACGCGGCUUGAUCGGCCUUUUUGAAAGCGUUUCGCUUACGAUUCGUGUCGAAACAGCGCAGAGCCUCGGAGAGACCGACUGGCAAACACAGGUUCUUGUUGGCGAUCUCUCGAAGUACAAAUGCAUACACGACAGUUUAGUGCAAGCUGAGGCAUCUGACCACGGCUUCGUAAGCGCUGCGGAAUAGUCAAGCAUGCUAAGUACUCUCCGUCAUCGCGCGAUGACAACGAUUCAGAUUUAAGGACACACGGUUAUGGCAUUGCUGCUGACAGUCAGUUGCAGCUCAAUUGAUCAUCAUCCCCUACUAUAUUGCAGGUAAGAAUGAAUCUAUGUACUUCCCCCAAUCCUCCGAAAGGUUUGAUUCUGAACUGAUCCCAGCGAAGCUCUGCUUCACUCAACAACAUCUACUUUAAAUGUAUGCCGAGAGACGUUAUGGUGCCAUCGACGCGCGCUUCAUGCAGAUAUCGCGAGUAUCAAAAAUGAUGUGCGCAUGGCGCGCAUUGUAACAAACAUGCAGACUUGGCUCUCCCAUUUCUUAUGCGCAUGCCAAGAAUCAAGUUGGCCAGGCCGAGGCUGGACAGCUCAAGUGUUUCGUGUAAGCUUCGAAGGAUGCCCUUUGCGGGUAAAUUUCAGAUAUUAUCGGAGGGUGUCAAUAAGAC